ACGGUACGGUAGGCAGGUAGGGAAGGAGCCAGCGCUGGGUUCGCAGGGGCCUGUUGCUUAGAGGGACGGUCACGGUAACCGGGCCAUGCCGAGGUACACGGUGCACGUGCGUGGGGAAUGGCUGGCGGUGCCCUGCCAGGACGGGAGGCUCACGGUCGGCUGGCUGGGCCGCGAGGCGGUGCGGCGCUACAUGAAGAACAAGCCCGACAACGGUGGCUUCGCCUCGGUGGAUGAAGUGCGCUUCCUCGUGCGCCGCUGCAAGGGCCUGGGCCUGCUGGAUAACGAGGACCUGCUGGAGGUGGCCUUGGAGGACAACGAGUUCGUGGAAGUGGUCAUCGAAGGCGAUAUAAUGUCUCCUGACUUCAUUCCCUCACAGCCGGAAGGAGUUUUCCUAUACAGCAAAUAUCGGGAGCCUGAAAAGUACAUUGCCUUGGAUGGGGACAGUCUGAGCACGGAGGAUCUGGUCAACUUGGGGAAGGGACGUUACAAGAUAAAGCUCACUUCAACUGCUGAGAAGAAAGUGCAGCAGUCGAGGGAAGUCAUAGACAGCAUCAUAAAAGAAAAAACAGUUGUUUACGGCAUCACCACAGGCUUUGGGAAAUUUGCCAGAACGGUAAUCCCCGUCCAUAAGCUACAGGAGCUCCAGGUCAACUUAGUUCGUUCCCAUUCUUCAGGUGUCGGGAAACCACUCAGCCCUGAGAGGUGCCGGAUGCUCUUGGCUUUGAGGAUCAAUGUUCUAGCCAAAGGGUACAGCGGGAUCUCCUUGGAGACCCUGAAACAAGUUAUUGAAGUAUUUAAUGCCUCCUGCCUGUCCUACGUUCCAGAGAAAGGAACUGUUGGUGCCAGUGGAGACCUUGCACCCCUCUCUCAUCUUGCUCUGGGACUCAUCGGAGAAGGGAAGAUGUGGUCCCCAAAGAGUGGCUGGGCCGAUGCUAAAUACGUCCUAGAAGCCCAUGGGUUGAAACCCAUUGUUCUGAAACCGAAAGAGGGCCUGGCACUCAUUAAUGGGACACAGAUGAUCACUUCCCUGGGCUGUGAAGCUGUGGAGCGGGCCAUCGCCAUUGCCAGGCAGGCUGACAUCGUGGCUGCCUUAACCCUUGAGGUGCUGAAGGGCACCACCAAAGCCUUCGAUACUGACAUUCAUGCUGUCCGUCCUCACCGAGGGCAAAUUGAAGUUGCUUUUCGGUUCCGGUCACUCUUGGACUCGGACCACCACCCAUCAGAAAUUGCAGAAAGCCACAGGUUCUGUGACCGUGUCCAAGACGCGUACACCUUACGCUGCUGUCCACAGGUCCACGGUGUAGUGAAUGACACCAUAGCGUUUGUGAAGGACAUCAUCACUACAGAGCUCAACAGUGCCACAGACAACCCUAUGGUUUUUGCCAGUCGAGGAGAGACAAUUUCAGGAGGAAACUUCCAUGGUGAAUACCCAGCCAAAGCCCUGGACUAUUUGGCCAUUGGCAUCCAUGAACUUGCGGCCAUCAGUGAAAGAAGAAUCGAAAGGCUGUGUAACCCCUCCCUCAGCGAGCUGCCUGCCUUCCUGGUGGCUGAAGGAGGUCUGAACUCGGGAUUCAUGAUAGCCCACUGCACGGCAGCAGCCCUGGUUUCUGAGAACAAGGCUCUCUGUCAUCCUUCAUCUGUGGACUCACUCUCGACCAGCGCCGCCACGGAGGACCACGUCUCCAUGGGAGGAUGGGCAGCCAGGAAGGCCCUCAGGGUCGUCGAGCAUGUAGAACAAGUCCUGGCCAUCGAGCUUCUCGCUGCCUGCCAGGGCAUAGAGUUUCUACGGCCCCUGAAAACAACCACUCCGCUGGAGAAGGUGUACGACCUGGUGCGCUCUGUGGUCAGGCCCUGGAUCAAAGAUCGCUUCAUGGCCCCGGACAUCGAAGCAGCCCACAGGCUACUUCUGGAGCAAAAGGUCUGGGAAGUUGCUGCCCCGUACAUUGAGAAAUACAGAAUGGAGCACAUCCCGGAAUCCAGGCCGCUUUCUCCAACCGCGUUUUCACUAGAAUCCCUGCGAAAGAAUUCAGUUACAAUCCCAGAGUCUGACGAUCUUUAGUGGGCUUCCUCGUGGUCGGGCACCUCGGACAUGCCCGGGCCCCACACAGCCGUGGUGGGUGAGGGAGGGGCCCAGCAACCACCGUCCAUGAUGCGAAGAACUCGUCCCUUUUCAAGCACGCUCUGGUUAGGUCGGCGGCAGCAAAGCAGUUGCGGAACCGAGAGCCCUGUCCUCAUCGCCAUGGUUUGCGGAGUUCUGGCUGUCUUUGGGUCAUGGCGUUUUCUUUCUUGACAAUGUAAACAGGCUACUUACUCUUAAAAAUGGCCACAAUUCCAUAGGUCUAUUUUGACUCUUGGUAUUAGGGAACUCAAUGCAGAGCAUUCUUCUUUGAAGCGUCAGACUUUUGUGAACCUUUUAAAGAAAAAUUUGUCUCGAGAAACUCUCCUAGUUGACUUUCUUUGGCUGGUUGGACUGUACCAUAACCUGACAAAUAUGCUUCAAGUCAGAAUUUGUUCCUAAGCCCCUCCUCCUCCUGCUCAUGGAAUCGCAGAAAAGAGUCUUGAGCGAGGGGAGCUGGUUCAGGGGGUGCAUAAUUGAGUUCCAUAAUUGGGUGCAUAAUGAGGAUCCAAACUGAGUUCAAAUCUCAAGCAUCUGUGUAAAAAAAAAAAAGAACAGUGUGGUGGUGGGCACCUGAGCCCCAACACUGGUGGACAGAGACAAACUCCUGGGGGGGCUCACUGCUCAGCCAGUCUUGCAGAAAUGGUGAAUUCCAGGUUCCUGCCUCAAAAAAAAAAAUAUAUGAUAUAGAGAGUGAUAAGAAAAGACAUCUUAACAUUUAUCUCUGGGCUCUGCAUGUGCCCACAGGAGCAAGUGCACCUUACACACACACACACACACACACACACACACACACACACACAGGGGGGGGGGGGGGGGGCGGGAUGUGAACAGGUCUGAAGCCAUUAACUACAAAGGUUAACAGUCCCUCUUUUUGGUUGUUUCUGGUUGUUAUCUGUGUCCUACUAAGUACAGGGGUGUUGAAACAACCCCACCAAGAACGCAAAGGAGGUGGGGGAUGAAUAUAAAGACUGCCCUUGCCUAGCCAUGCCUUUCGUAUGUCUCCAAUCACGGCACAUAUCUCCUAACCGCUUGGUGAUGUGCUCAGGCGAAGUUCGAAGUUAGUCCUGUCAUUUCCCACAACUUAGUGCUCCAUUCAUCUGUUGGUAGUAAGUUUAGUGAGCAGCCUCCUGUUGCGCAGAUGAGGCAUUUGGGGGUCGGGGCGGGAGCUGGUCCACUGCCUGCAGUAGGUAAUCAUUAACAUGAGCUUUGUUAACACGGGUCAGAUGGGGCCCUGCAGAUGAUUGCCCAACCUCUGUUUCUCCCCCAAGCAGAUAAAGAAUCUUGUGGGUAGGCUUUGUGUCAUUGUUCAGAAAGGUCGGGCAGGCGACCUCUUGACAGCCCAAGGCUGGGAUGGAUGACUUCGCAGCCAUGGCUGGGGACACGUGCAAAACACUGCAUGUGCAGGAGUCUGAACGCGUGGCUAGAAAGACUGUAGCUGGUUCACGAACACGCUUGCCAGCAUCCCUUGCUGGUCACAGACGACAGGGGGCCCAAGAUAUAUUCCCCAGCACAUGGUCCUCACUCUUCUGAGCAUGCCCUGUCCACAGUCUUUGCCUUCAGCAACUCAAGAGGUGAAAAAGGGCCCAGGAACAGGCUUAGCUGCAGGUUAUUCUUCCUGCUAGCUUUUGCUGAAUGCCAACACACACACACACACACACACACACACACACACCACGGAGUUUACCCAUUCCUCUACCCAAGCUGCUGCAGAGGCAGCGGGGCCCAGCAGAUGGCCGCUCCCACUCCUGGUUUGGCAAUGCUGGCUUCCUGUCCACCUCGGCCUUCCUUUUGACAGAUUUCACCCCUAGGUUUUGUAUCUAGCUCUGUUAGUUCCCCACUUUCAAGAGUCUCCGGUAGGUAGGGGGGGCAGACUGUGUCAAUGGCUUGCUAUCACGGUGUUCUUUGGGGAGAAACUGAGCCUGGGGUCAUGUGUGUGUUAAACACAUCCUCUGGCACCGAGUUGCACUUCUACCUUCUACUUUUAUUUAUUUUGAACAAAGUUUAACACCUAAUAUUUGCUUUUCUGUUGCUGUGAGAAAACACUGGGAGCAAAAGCUGCUGGGUGGAGGAAAAGGUUUUUUUCCAGCUCACGCUCCCAUGGACAGUCCAUCACUGCAGCAAUCUGGAGGAACACUGCUUGCUAGCUAUUGACUGGCUCACUAACACCUUCUACAGCCCAGACCCACCUGCCUAGGGUGGGUGCCAUCCACAGUGGGUUGGGCCUUCCCACGCCAAUCAUCCAUCAUGAUAAUCCUUCACAAACAUGGCCGCAGGCCAAUCUGAUGUGGGCAGCCCCAGAGUUGAGACUUCCCGGUUGACGCUAGGCUGUGUCAACUUGACACCUGGAGCUAACCAGGACACCUCCACCUCUUCAGAAAAACACCUCUCCCGAGUGUAGCUGGUCAAGUUUCUGAACGAGUCAGUCAGAGAAAGAUAACAGAUCUGAGACAAGGUGCCGAACCUCGUGCCUUUCCCGUGGAGGCGUGGCAAACGAGUUGGCAUAUCAGGCUUCCCUUCCCCGGGGUGCUUGCCUGGGUCCCUUCACUUAGGGCAGUAGGAGAGGAUGAGGCCUCAAGGUUGGGGUCCACCCACAACUUCUGCUCUUCCAUUUGCUCGUUCCCUGGUGGCCGAUACAAGCCACGUGGCACGCCAGAGCCAACUAUAGAGGAUGGACACGUGACUUAGGACACUUGUGGCCAUUAUCAACCUACCCAAUUUAUAAAUUCUAAUAAAUAACUUGAAAAGAGAUAA